UAUCAUUUAAACGUAUUAUGUGACUACGUGACAUUCAUUGAUUUGUCUUAUCACACAUCUUUAUAGAAUAUGCGAUAGAAUAAUUGCUUAAUAAUAAAUUCAUAUUUAGUAAAAGGAACACAUAUGAUUUUGUCCUAUUGACUCGAUUGCUAAUAAAGACAAAUUUCCAAAGAUAAUAUCGUAAAAUUUAUUUGAAUACUCGAAAGAACAGUUGCCACGAAUACGUUGAUCUGAUUGUGACUAAAAUCGUCCGAAUGAAUAAAAAUAUUAUAUUGAUAUUAAGUUGUAUGUAAAGUUAUUAAUUGUAAUCAAAACGCUAUGGCCGAAUUAUAUGAUACAGAAAAACAACUUCUACCAAUGGUUGAUCCGCACUUUUAUACAAUAAAAUAUAAAGUUAAUGCAGUUAAUACUCACAAUACUUUGACAAUUAGUUACGAUAAAUUUGUUAAAAUAUUUCAAGAAAGUAAAAAUGGAAGCUUUUAUUUAUGUAUUAUAUGUCAUAUAUCGUCUAAAAGACAAUGCAUAUAUUGUACGCCUUUUCUACAGUAUCCUCGAACGUUUAUAUUAGAAACACCAAAAAGAUUUUAUUGCAUGCCACAACCAAGUCUGUACACGAAAAAAAAUCACUCAUAUUUUCAGUCGAUUAUUUGGUUUAUUCACAAGGUACAUAACAACGAGAUUAACAACAUAGCCGUACCUCAUAAUUUACAAUACCCGCAACGUUUAAUUUAUCGUCAAGCUCCACUUUUUCGAAUUCCUAAGCACAUCAUUGACAUGGAACAUUUGAAAUACUACCAGUUUAUCAACGACAAAUUUAAAGGAGGAUCUCUCAUGCAGCAAAAGUCUGGCAAAUUGAGUUAUAUGCGCACACGUAUCUUAGGUGUUAAUGCUUCAGGCAUCAGGAUGACGCUGACUAUUGACAAUAGUCUUGGUCCUAAUGACGUCAGUAUUCCCCAGCACAUGUUGGAUUCUUUGGACUUGGCUUGCCCAUACGUCAUCAUCAAUCGCGAUCCAUCAAUCAAUGAUUGUGCUAUUUAUUCCUGUGAACUACUAGGAUAUGAAAACAAAAAUGACAAUACGAUACACGUUAAUCCGUUCGUUUUAGAAGGAUUGCACGCUGAUCAAGAUGGUGACGAUUUAAAUGUUUACUAUUUGAAGCAUGAGAAUGAAGUUCCGAGUUUAAUAAUGCUCCGAGCUAUCACAGAACUACUGCAGUUUUCUUGGAAAUAUGGACGUCGUCGAAAUAUAUGUAACCAAAGUCGCUUUUCCCUGGGUCAAUAUCACUUGUUAUUGCUUCAAGUUUAUGAUAAAUACUUUCAAAGUAAAUCAAAAAUAUGGAAAACUUUAUCUUCUCAGUACAACACUACACCUAAGAGAGCAAAUGUUCUUAUGCAACUUGGAUGUACAAUUUGGCGCGAUGAAGUCGAUGAAUUUCUAGAACAGCUUAGAGUUUUUGGUAUCCGAAUUCGAUUACCUCUCAUAACAUUUAGAGAAAUGAUCAAUGGAUCUGGUAUGCUGCUAAGUGUUAUUGAAUCUGGCGCUAAAGGAUCUAUGGAUCACGUUAAAAUGUUUACGGAUAUACUGCAAGAGCGUGUCGAAAUUGGUGGAGCGGAAUAUGUUAAUAAUUUACGUGAAAGUUUUAAUAAUUAUGUUAAUGCCAGCAAGAGUAUAUCGCUAUUGGGUCAGCAAUUAUUUAUUCUACUCUCAAUUUUUCAACCACUUUAUUUGCUACGAAAUGACAUAUACAUGAAAAACGAUACUAGAAUUAUUUGUAAUGUCUCAAAAUGUCCUCUGUUCAAUUUAUGGAUUUAUCAAAUCGAAGCUAUAACUCUUGUUUUCGAAGAACUACUCAAGAAUUGCGAAAGCGAUGAAAUGGAAAGCGUUGUAACAGAAAAUAUAUAUGAUGAUAACGAAGUCAAAUUAGCAAAUGAUGUGAUUGAUAGGCCAGGGAAAAAAUUAUUAGACGAAAACUAUAACAUAUCGAUAGAUCAAGCUGAAGUACGAUACUUUGAUUCAAACUGCCGCUGUGUUGAAGUCGGCAAUGUGUCGAAUUUUAUAGCUCCACGGCCCCGCAAUGUUCUCUAUUCUAUUCGUGGGAAUUAUGUCAGCCCAAAUUUGAAUACUGCAACUGUUUUACCAAUGUUAUACGGACGACUUUUUGACUAUAUCUCCGAAAUUAAUAGUAGCGAUGAGUUACAAGAGUAUCUGAUAAACGAUUCAUUAAAAAUUAUUCCGAUUCUUGCAAAAUUGCCUGAUAAUUACAAGAAAAGUGGAUUUAGAUUCGUCCGAAUAUUGAACUGAAUGUUUAUUAAAUUUUAGAAGUAAAUCGAAAUUUGAUUCAAAGUUCAUCUACUUUAGCUCUAUGUUAUGUUCGUGUUAAAAUUUCAUCAAUUUGAGCAAAAAAGUUAAUAUUUGGCAUUCCUGUAAGUUGACAACUGGGCGCCAACUUUCUAAACAGGGUUGAAGGCAAAAAUUGUCAUUCCAUGUCUACAAUUUUUCCAAAAAAUUGGCAACAGGUUUCGACAGUAGAUCGUCAGUUUUUUUGGAAAAGUUGACAACUUGUCAUCAGUUAUAAAGGCUCAAAUUAUCGUCAACUUGAUCGCAACUAAUUGACACCAAAUUUCUGAUCAAAAAAUCCGGCUGUCAGAAUAUUUGAAAUUGAUUGUUUUAUAUUCUAUCAAAGUAUUUUUGAAUUUAAAAGUUUUACAUAUUUUCGAUAGAUGGCGGCAAAACGCUUAUUCUGAAAUUGUAAAUGUAUACGUAUACAGUCAAAUAUAGACUGUCUGAGCCUGGUUCCGCCUUUUCUGUUUUCUCUUUUCUAUGUAUAUACAAAUGUGUAUUUAUGUCUUGAAAUACAACACAAUCAAACUAGUAUAAUUUUUAUGUUGUUGUUUAGUUUUUUGUAACCUAUAUAUAGCAACAAUCCUAAUUUAAUUUUGAAAAUAGUAAUUAUUAAAGUAUUUAGUACACAGAAAGCAUCAAAGGAUAAAAAAACACCCGAAAAAGAAAUUUCAGUCAAGGAAUGCUCAGCUAACCAUAAAAAAACCGAAAUCAAUUUUUUUUUACUGCAAUGUUGUCGAAUGUUAAUAACUAUUGCUGUUUCAAUUUCAAAAGUGGAGCAUUGAUGCUUGGGAUUCUCGAAAUAGUGCUUACAACAUGUAUUAUUAUUGUAGUUGGUAUUGAUAUAGCUAAUCAAGAAGCUUUUAGUACCUCUAUUGCAUCUUCAUGUUCGCGGUCGAUGCUAAUAACGAGUCCGGGAUUAUUAUAUUUAUAUAUUCCUAUAUGUUUUCUUUCAUUAUUGUUAUCUAGUUUAAUGAUUUGGGGUUCGGUAAAGAACAAUUUCAAAUUUGUGAUGCCUUAUAUUUAUUAUCGAGUUAUUAUUUUAAUGCCUUAUUACCUUCAAUAUUUUUAUAACGCCAUUAGAAUUUUUGUUACGGACAACUGUAACCCUGAGAGCGGCAUUUUGAGACUUAUAUUCGGAUUAAGUGGAAUGGCACUGGGUGUUCAUUUCUGCAUAUUAAUUUAUAAUCAUAGUAAAGAAAUUAGAAAUGAAAAACUAAACAAUGCAAAUAAAUCAAUGUAUUAAGCUAAUAAAUUAAUGUUUUU